AUGGAAGUGAAGCAAAAAUUAACUCCUAUUCAUCCGGGAGAAAUAUUAAAAGACGAAUUAGACUAUUUGGACAUUAGUCAGGCCAAAUUAGCUCGAGCCAUUAACGUUUCCACUCGCCGCAUUAACGAAAUUUGUCAAGCCAAACGGGGCAUUAGUGCUGAUACUGCUUUAAG